UUUUGUUGACAUGGGCAGAAGAAAGUUGCUGGGCAAAUGGCCAAUGGCCUAAAUAUAUGGCCAAAGUCCAAUGCAUGGUUAGUGCAAUGAAUCUUCGCGCUUGUUUUGCAACUGCCAAUGUCUUUAUUGGAUGUUGUUGUGGUGUUGUAUUUCUGGAAUCGAUCGUCAAAUUGGAUCCGGGUGCAGGUAAUCUGGUUACCGCUGGACAAUUUGCAUUUAUUGCCUUGGAGGGAUUCGUCUUCACUUCCAAAUUCGGUACUGUAAAACGCGUGAUAAGUCUGCGGGACUAUGGCUUGCUUGUGGCCAUGUUUUUUCUGACAAGUGUGUGCAAUAACUAUGUAUUCCAUUUGAAUGUGCCCAUGACGCUGCACAUGAUAAUCCGUGGAGGUAGUCUCAUAUCGAACAUGUGCCUUGGCACCAUAAUACUCAAACGUCAGUAUCGGGUUAAACAGUAUAUAGCAGUUAUCUUGAUUACCCUGGGCAUUUUUAUCUGCACCUAUUUCUCUAGUCAGGCUGUAGGCCUGGGUGAGGGACAUGACGACACUGCCGACAAAGCAAACAUAUUUUGGUGGCUAGUUGGUGUGCUGCUACUAGUGAUCGCGCUAUUCAUCUCCUCGUAUAUGGGCAUUACCCAGGAGCUCUUGUAUCGCAAACAUGGCAAGUGCGCUCGCGAGGCACUUUUUUAUACACACCUGUUGCCACUACCUGCGUUUUUGCUUAUGCAUGACAACAUAAAAGCGCAUUGGACUUUGGCUAUGGAAACUGAAACCUGCAGAUUUGCAUGGUUGGGUGAUAUGGUUGUGCCGCUGUUGCUGCUUUAUUUGUUUGGAAAUGUGCUGAUGCAGCAUUUAUGCAUUAGCUCUGUAUAUUUUCUGACUACCGAGUGCAGCUCCUUGACUGUCACGUUGAUUUUGACACUGCGCAAAUUCGUAUCGUUAGUUUUCUCUAUUGUAUACUUUCGUAAUCCGUUUACCAUUUAUCACUGGUUGGGCACUAUACUCGUGUUUGUGGGCACUUUGAUGUUUGCCAAUGUCCCUAGUUUUCCAGUUGGUCGUUUGAGAAGAAAUGCUGUGAAAAGUGAUUAAACAUUCCAUUGAACAACA